AAACUUGAACCGUCUCUCUUGUUGACCGUUGCUUUUGUUUUCCUUUGGUUUUAUUUUUACUAUUUUCAAAUGCCUAUAAUUAUAUAUAUUUAUCAUGAUUGAACAAAGGUAUUCAGAUAAUAAUCAGUCAAAACGUGACAUACCUUCCUUUAUUGAACCUCGGCCGCCUCUUAUAUUGCAUCCAUUUAUGAGGCCUCGCCCACAAAAGGGUACUAACUUGAUGGAAUUAUACGAAGACGAAUCUGUGAGUGAAGAACCUGAAUUAGUACAAGUGUACCUACGGCUGAAGCCAUAUCAUGCCCAGAAUAAUUUGUACGAAGUGCGCUCAGAUAGAAAUCUCAUAACAUCCGUGGACACUGCCACUGCUGGCCAUGGCCGAAGAACACAGCACAACAUAUCAAAAAUGUACACGUUUUCUCAUAUAUUUGACUCUGAGACCACACAAAAGGAAAUAUUUGAGCAUGUGGUAAAGGACAAUUUAAAGAAACUGACAGAUGGUCACAAUUUCACUCUACUGACAUAUGGUGCUUCUGGUUCUGGCAAAACAUACACACUAAUGGGCACAGUGGCAUCUCCAGGUCUGGUACCUCGCUCCCUUGAGUAUGUGUUCAGAGUGGUUGAUGCUGCACAGCAACCUGUCUACAAACCUUCAGAAGGUGGAGCUGAUAAGCUUAAUAAUGCUGAACAGGAUUAUGAAUUACAGUGGGUGAAAAGACUGAGGCAGGUGUCAGCUCCACUGAGAGACAAGUACCGACGCAUGAGUGCAGGGCUCCGCAAUGACUUCACAGCUAGCAGUUUAGACCUGUCCAACAGAACUAAGCACUAUGUGUGGGUAUCUUUUGUAGAAAUAUAUAAUGAGGGAAUAUAUGAUUUGUUGGCAAGUUCAGACAGGAGAUCAUCUAGUAAACUGCAAAUUAGAGAAGACUCAAGUGGCAAUGUGUUUGUUAAAGGUGUGACACAAGCGUUCGUACGUAGCGGCGAGGAGGCGUAUGACGUGAUGGUAGCUGGGAAGCACAACCUGCAGGUGGCCGCCACCGGUGUUCAUGCGCACUCAUCACGCUCGCACUGUAUCUUCACCAUCACUAUGCUCACAGAAACUGAGGGCGUGGCUCGCACCGCGUCCGUCCGUCUGUGCGACCUGGCGGGCUGUGAGCGAGCGCGGGCCACGCGCAACGCCGGCGCGCGCAUGCAGGAGUCCCGCGCCAUCAACUCCUCGCUGCACGUGCUCGAGCGCUGCCUGCACACGCUGCGUCGCCGCCAGCGACACGCCGGCGCGGCCGCGCGUGCAGCAAACACGACCAAACCACUCGGUGUGGUGCCCUACCGCGAGUCGAAGCUGACCCGGCUGCUGGGCGCCGGCCUGUCGGGGGCGCGUGGGGAGGCAGUGAGCAUGGUGGUGACGCUGAACCCCGCGCCCGAGUAUGCCCACGAGUCCCGCCACGUGCUGCAGCUAGCAGCCGUCGCCGGGGACAUACAGGUGAACAACACAAUAGCAGAAACUACACUUGAAAGCAGUAGUCAAAACUCAACGAUCACGUCGAGUGCUGAAGUUAUGAGGCUACGCGCAGACAAUGAAAGACUACAUUAUGAGUUGGUGCGUGCCCAAUCUAGUAUCAAAGAGCUAUAUGCGAACAUGGAGGAGCGGCAGCAGCAAGCGGCGGCAACAAUGCAAGAGUUGGUGGAUGAUGCCAAAGACAUGACGCGGCAGUACUACGAGGCUCAGCUCGCAGCACAACGCUCCAAGAUGGAUGACCUUAUAGAAGAAUACGAGAGUCGACUGAAGGCGGCUGUUCCUGCUAACGCGGACUCGCAAUUGCUUGAAGAUAAGAUUACAGAGCUGAUGACAGAAAUAGCUAUAUUAGAGGAGAACUUAACUGCAGAGCAGCUGGCACGAGCACGCGCUGAACAGGAAGUACAACACCUCAGAGCUUGUAUCGACGAAAGAGAUGAAAAAGCUUUUGAAGAUACCAAUUCAGAGAAACGUGAAGAUGUAAUGGUUUUGAGUGAUAGUGAACAUGACAGUGAGGAAGAAGAUGAUGACCCAUGUAAUGAGAGUCUUGAACCCACCUUUAAAAAGGAAGAUAUUAAUCGCUCAAUACUGAUUAGGAAGAAUUUAAAUUCCCAUAAUACUUCUAGUGACUCAACUCAAAACAAUAACCAAUUUAAUAAAAAUGAUACCAUUUUUGAAAAAAGUAACGACACACUGAUGGAGCAUGAGGGUAGUGAUGCUUCUGAUGAAACUAGUAAAGAUUCAACAUGUGAGGCAGGUGAUGACAGUCAAUCUAUACAAGGAGCCAUAGACAAAUCGCUUAAUAAUACUAAAACAGGACAGUGUGAUGCUGAAAGAGAAAGCAAUGGAUUGCUAAAUAAAUUAAAAACUACCGAUGUUAGAGGUACUUACUGUGUUCAAACAUUUGAGGAAUAUAAAGUUGGCGACAUAAAUAAAGAAGAGAAGUUGCUUUCACAUUCCAAAGCUCCUUUCUGUGUCAACUAUGAUUUUGAACAACUGAAAAAUUCUGCUGUUCCGGUUAUUGAUACUGAUGUUACUGAAAAUGCAUCAAUAACCACAAAAACUGAGGAAAAUGAGGAAAGCAUUAAAAAGGACAAUGAUGUAAAUAUAGAUAUGAAAAAAAAUGAUAUUAAUGAAAUAAAUUCUAAUCGAAAAGUAUCACAGACUUUAGUAAAUAAAAUAAUAAAUUCGGCUAAAUCUACACCGGGCGAUAAUUCUUUGACGCAAUUUGAACAGUUGGAACUUGCAACUAACACCUGCAUUGAAACAAAACAAGUAGGUAAAUACCUCACUAAUAUCAGAAUUCUUAAUGAAAAAAGGACUUACUUUGAUGAACAACCUGUUAUAAAUGAGAAUAAAAACAAGGAAGAAUCAAAUACGAAACCCGGAAACACAUAUGAUUUAAACUCUAAAUUAGUUCUAGGAAAACAUGUUAAUAUUGACCAUAUAGAUGAUAAUAUUAAUCAUAAUAGUGAUUGUGAUAUUAAAAAGAAUCCUGAACUUUUAAACGACAAUAAUAAUUUACUGCGCUCUCCGUCCAUUGUAAAAGAUGAAAUAAUAACCGACAAUUUAAAACCUAAUACUUUUAAAAAAUUACUGGGAGAAAGCUUGACUAGACCAACGGAUUUAGCAUCUGCUCACAAGAGCAUAGCUUUAACAAAAAAACAUGACUCUGUUGAUAUAUUCGAAGGAUAUGAUUCACCGCAACAAUUUAAUAAAGAAAUAGACGUGAUUGAAAACGCACGUAAAUCUAUUGAAAAAUUGGUAUUAGCUCAAAAAUCUGCAAGUAAAACACAACAGAAUGUUAAAAAAGUAGAUAAAUUACUAACAAAUACUAAAAUCGUAUCACCCAUAAAAGAUAGCAGACCGAGUAUUUCAAAUAAAAUACCUACAAUACUCGAUAACCCUUUGAAUAAAAUGGGCAUGGUGGAAGACAAUUUAAAUAUACAACAAGGAUCUACUAUUAGCAAUAAUACAAUAGAAGAUUUCGAUAAUAUAUUCAAAGAUAUUACUGCACCUAGACCAACUGAAUUUGAUCUACUACUGCAUCAAGAAACAAAUGUUACAGGAAUGGUAGAUAAUGAGAAAAUCAUGACACAUAAAAUUGAUAAACUCACAAUGAAUGAAAUCAAAAUUGAAGCUCAAAAACCGACUGAAGUAGAAGAUGUGAAAUAUAAUUUAAGAAAUAAAGCGUCUAUGAAAUCUGAAAGUCUUAAAGUUUCUAAUACAAAUAUUAAGGAUGUAGAAACAGAUGAAGUAUUAUUUGAAAGUCAGGCUAAAUGUGAAAGCAAAACUAAACCUAAAAGAAAUUUGCGUUUAAGGAGACGAAAGAAUCAAAAUGAAGAAGAAAAAUCUGAUUCAGAUAGUGCUAAUUUGAAGGACAUAGUUAAUUUGCAAGAGGAAUUCUCUGACGUUACACUGGACAUUCCGCCGCCUGUGAAAAUCGUUAAAGAUAUCCAUUCUCCUGAGAAAUGUAAGUUUGAGGAUGAAAAUAGGCCUCCUGUCUUAGAAAUACAGAGUUGCCCAUCGAAAAGCGUAACCCGAAGCCGUAGAAAGUUAUUCACUCCGCGCGUAGAACCCCUGGAAGAAUCUGUGGGUCCCGCAGGCGACAGCAACGAGCGAAUCUACGUUCCACGACCAUCGUACCACCGCGCGCGAGCACGCCGCAAGCUGUAAACGUUAUAC